AUGGGUCAUCUUACUCAAUCUGGUGAUGUGUGUGCCUCACGGAUUGAGGUCGUUGUGCUUGGGAUGAUAGAGUGGGCGAGUGUUGCUGUCUUGGACCAUAUUAUGGUUAAGAUGAGAGAGAAUAGGGAGAUGAUUGAUGGCCACCGACUUGCACUAGAUGACCUGGUUGUUAGGAUAGAGACUUGUGAGCAAGAUGUUCCUACUAGUUCAGAGAUUUCCCUGGCUUCUAUGCCUAAAGAUUUUAUUAGAGAGGAUGCAGUUGUUGAAUCUGAGGUUGAGACAGAUGAUAGUGAGAUCAGUAUUAGAGACGCAACUGUGUAUGAUGAUUUAGAAGAUCUUGAGGGAGACAUGGUUCAGACACCUAUGCAGGAUUCUUCGAGAGAGACGUCUAUGAAGGGCUCAAGUGGAGCCAAGGAUGCUGAUUAG